UCCCGACCUUCCUGCAAGCAGAGCUAGGAGCAUUUUCCUAAGGGGGAUCAAUGAGGUAUCACGUUAUACAUGAUCUGCUUUGAUGCUGGUACCCGUCCUCUUCCUCGUCUAUUCUCUCUCCUCAUCGCACCGCACGGCUCCCCCAUUAGGACUGUCAGUGAUUCUAUAUCCACCCACCAACCAACCACCACCACCACCCGUCUCUCUGUCGAGAAUCAUCCACACACAGAGAACAUUGUGUCGAGGAGGCUCCGGCCGGUGCAUGUCAGCAGAGAGAGAGAGAGAGAGAGAGAGAGAGAGAGAGAGAGAGAGCGAGAGAGAGAGAUCCUCCUUGGCACACACACGUCCGUGUGGCAGUGUGAUUUUGACUGACUGGCUGACUGACUGGGGAUUCUGGAGGAAACACACAGGAAAAGAUCAACACAACCCUGUUUCCUUUUUUCCCCUCCUCGCUGUCUUGUCGUUGUCACAGCUGAUGGUCUUGUAGCAGCGCUGCCUGUAUCCACCUCAGCACCGGAUUUUACUUUGUUUCUCCUCUCCUUGAUUGGCUGAACCGGGUCUGAUCCCAGCCAACCUGGGCCGGGCCGUGGGGCUGUUCAGCGAGCCUUAUAGCUGAAGUUGGCACCCGAGAUGAGCGCCUUGAGACCCGGGAGCGGGGCUCACUCCUCGCCGGGGAGAGGGUCGGGGUCGUGGCGGUGCUGGUGGUGGUGGUUAGUAAUGGUAGUCGGGGUGGCAGUGGGCUCGGGAGAUCCGUGGAUGUCUGCAGAGGCAUGCCCGUCGUCUUGCUCCUGCAGCAGCACCAGGAUCUCCUGCGUGGAUCCGGAGCGGGGUAUGAAUGCUUUCCCUGUCCUGCAGAGCGAAGCGGAGAUGGAGAACAUCACCGACAUUUACAUCGCCAACCAGAGCAGCUUCUCCUCCAUCAACGACAAAGACCUGCACUACUACAAGAAUCUCAGGAACCUAACGGUGACCAACAGCAGGCUAACAUAUGUAUCAAAGUUGGCCUUUCAAAACAACAUCAAGUUACAGUACCUGAAUCUGAAAGAUAACAACCUGUCGUCACUGUCCUGGAGGAUAUUCAGACACCUCAACAUCUCCUAUCUGAUCCUGUCAGGGAACCCUCUGCACUGCUCCUGUGAGAACAUGUGGAUCAAGCUGUCGUUAGGAGAGGAAGCAGACACUCAGGAGCUGCGCUGCAUUGAAGAUGGAGGAGGACGCAAGCUGCUGUCCAGACUGACACUACCUAACUGUGAGGUUCCCAUGGCAACAUUGAGCCCAUCCAAAAAGACAUUAAAGGAGGGGGAAAACCUGCGCUUGUCCUGUAUGACCUCUGGGGUACCCUCACCUGAGCUGAUAUGGAACAUGGCAUUGGUAUCCAACUAUGAGAUCGAGACUUCAGGCCAGAUUUCGGUGCUGCGACUGUCCAACCUGUCGUCACUGGACCACAACAGCAAGAUCAGCUGUACAGCUGAGAACAUUGUUGGAGAGAAAGAGUCUGCGCUGCUGCUGGAUAUACUUUUUCCUCCCAAAAUCACUAAACUGAGUGAUGCAAUCCCUGAUCAUCACUGGUGCAUCCCCUUCAGCGUGUCAGGAAACCCAGAGCCACACCUACAAUGGUAUCUGGAUGGCGAAGCGGUGACAGAGGGGCUCUACAUCAUGACCAUGAUCCAUGACAUCACAGAGAGGGAGUACCACGGCUGCCUGCAGCUGGACAGCCCUACACACCUCAACAACGGGCGAUACACACUGGUGGCUACAAACAAAUUCGGGACAGACCAAAAGGAGGUGGAGGCUCACUUCAUGCGCAAGCCCUGGGAUGGAACUGAGAAGGAGCCUUACUAUUAUGUUGCUGAGGAUCUAACCACAGAGGGCCCCCCUGUGGACCCACCUGAAGACAGAGUCGCUGUGUACGUGGUGGUCGGCAUUGCUGCUGUCGCAUUCACGGGUUUCCUUCUAAUGUUGGUUAUUCUCAAGUUUGGCGGAAACUCCAAGUUUGGCAUCAAAGGACCAUCUUCAGUGAUCAGUAACGAUGAUGACUCGGCCUCUCCUCUUCACCACGUCUCCAACGGCAGCAACACUCCUUCCUCCUCAGAGAUGGGCCCUGAUGCGGUGAUCAUCGGCAUGACCAAGAUCCCAGUGAUUGAAAACCCUCAGUACUUCAGGAGCACAAACAGCCUGCUCAAAACUGACACGUUCGUCCAGCAUAUUAAGAGACACAACAUUGUGCUGAAGAGAGAGCUGGGAGAGGGAGCCUUCGGAAAAGUCUUCCUGGCUGAGUGUUACAACCUCUCACCUGACCAGGAGAAGAUACUGGUGGCUGUCAAGACACUUAAAGAGGCCAGUGAAAAUGCCAGGAAGGAUUUCCACCGUGAGGCUGAGCUGCUGACCAAUCUUCAACAUGAACACAUUGUAACUUUCUAUGGAGUCUGCGUGGAGAGUGACCCUCUCAUCAUGGUGUUUGAGUACAUGAAACAUGGAGACCUCAACAAGUUCCUCAGGGCUCACGGCCCGGAUGCAGUUCUGAUGGCAGAGGGCCAAACCACCAGACCUGUGGAGCUGACCCAGUCUCAGAUGCUGCACAUCGCCCAGCAGAUAGCAUCUGGCAUGGUCUACCUGGCAUCACAGCACUUUGUGCACCGCGACCUGGCCACCAGGAACUGCCUGGUGGGUGAGAACCUGCUGGUAAAGAUUGGAGACUUUGGCAUGUCCAGAGACGUCUACAGCACUGACUACUACAGGGUAGGUGUCGGAGGUCACACCAUGCUACCAAUCCGCUGGAUGCCCCCUGAAAGCAUCAUGUACAGAAAGUUCACCACAGAGAGUGAUGUUUGGAGUCUAGGAGUUGUUCUCUGGGAGAUCUUCACCUACGGAAAACAGCCUUGGUACCAGCUCUCCAAUAAUGAGGUGAUAGAGUGUAUAACCCAGGGCAGGGUGCUGCAGCGCCCCAGGACCUGUCCCAAAGAACUAUACGACCUGAUGCUGGGCUGCUGGCAGAGAGAGCCGCACAUGAGACUCAACAUCAAAGAAAUCCACUGUCUGCUCCUCAAUCUGGCCAAGGCCUCACCUGUAUACCUGGAUAUACUGGGCUGAACACAGGAGGAGGACGGAGGAGAGUUUUGGAUGUGUGUGUGUGUGUGUGUGUGUGUGUGUGCGUGGAUAUUUACUGUAUCUAAGUGUGCAUUUGAGGUUGCAUGCAUGUGUGUGUGUGUGUGUGCUAGGGUGGUGACACCUGUGAAUGAAGUGCGUGAUGCUCGUGCGUGUGUGUGCGUGUGAGGUACCACUGUACAGGAUGUGAAGCUAUUAUCAAACUCUUAAAGGCAAUCAAAAAAUUCCUCAAACUCAUCCCCAAUCGCCGCUUUCCUCCCUGCCAAUUUCCUCUCCUUUGUGCAUCUCUACUCCUUCCCUCCUUCCUUCCCGAAGAGACAUUUACGAAGAGUAAUUUAACUUUGGAGGUGGGUGGGGGGGGAGCUUCUCACUUCUUUUCAAAUGCUUUAAACUGACUGGGGCUAAAUUGAUGAAACCUGAUUAACAGGACUUAUAAAUUUAGUGACUCAUCCCUCACUGCCUGUUGGACAACAGGACUCGUUUGAGCAGCCGGAAAUUUCAAGGAGGUGCAGCAUGGGGAGGAUUUCCGGAAGCUUCAGUCCUUUGCGUAUAAAUAUGAGACCGUAAGACGGUGAGACAUUUCAGAGGAAAUGGCUCUGUGCGAUGUCGAGCCAUAAAGACACUGUGUUUUCCCCUCUCACCCUGUCUGUCUGUCUGUCCGUCCCUCGUUCUGUCUGUCUCUCAGAACUGUACAUGAGUAUUAAUGUCAGCGUUCAUCCAACAUGGCCUGUGGGAAAGACUACAUAGGUGAUGAUUAACACACCGGUACACAUACAGUAGAUUUAUUGAAUAAUGACCAGGAAAAAUGAUAGAAAAGUUAACACAAUCUGGUUUUCUGCCUGUCAGAUGACAAAAGAUGAUUUCUGGUUGGCUAAUUUCACUGAUUUAAAAAAAAAAAAAAAAUCACUCACAAUACAGUGCCUGGUGAAGCUGAACUGAACUGCUGUGGUGAAAUAAUAAUUGAGGAAGGAGGCUGAGGUAUCCUGCUAUACCGUAAUUGUGAAUACUAGAAAUGUAAAAAAGCUUGAUCUAUCUGGCACUGAUCUACAAUAUCUUCUCAUGCAACAGACUGAUAUACAUGAAUAUAAGGAUAUAUGCAUUCAUAUCUGCAUACUACAUACUGCACUGCUUUCUGUGACAUAUUUACUUUGCUCAGGCCUCGGACUGCACUGUCAUACAGCACAGGGUAACAUGAUGACUACCCCCCUCCCCCUCGAAGUGACAGAUGCUUCACUUGCGAUGUCGGAGGUCAAUUGAUUCAUUUGUCCGCAUCUGUCCGACAAUCGUGAGGUCUUGGUGUUGGGGGAGUGGGGGGAGGGAGGGCGUAAAGGUUGCUAAGGGAGGCUGGGUUUUGAAUGGUCAGAUCACGGUCAGAUGUGUGGGCAGUGGCGCUGUAGAAGGUGUGGUUCAUUUGGUAAACCCAUAUUAAAUCAUCAAGGCUCUCAGCACUCAGACAUCCUUGAAAACCACAUCUGUGCUAGAGGGGAUGCAUACAACAACACACACACUGUAUACCUUAUCCCGUCAUCCCUCCAUCUCCAUACACACACACACCUACACACACACACACACACACACACUGAAAGACACUCAAAACGGGCCGAGAAGGAAAUUGAAUUGUGCAUGUUUUAUUAUUUGAGCGGUGCAGUGCUUUAGCCAGGCCCCAUCCACUGUAAUGGUGUAAUGUAUAUUUCAUUACAGCCUAAUGGGCUCCAUUAGCACAGUCUCCUCACAGACAUUCAAGACUUAUUGUUUUAUGGCUGAGAAGGAAGGAUGGAGGGAUGGAGAGCAGAGGAGAGGUGAAGGGGAAGAAAACACAGAGAGAAGGGGCCUGGAAUGAGGAGCAGUGGAGAGGAGAAAUAAGAGGAGAGGUAAUAAUGCAUAUUGGGAAGAAAUGGAGAGGAAGGGAGAGGGUUCAGAAGGGAAGCAAUGGAGUAAAAAGGACAAGAUGACGGGAGUGAAAAGGUACGAAUGGGUCAUGUGGAGAAAGAUGAAGGAAAAAGAGAAGAUAGAGGAGUGAAAAAAGGGGGGAGGGAGGAGGUGUGAAUGUCCUCAGGGAGAAAGUGAAAGUGAGCAUCCAUCAUUACUGCGGCCUGCAGAUGUUCUAUAAGCCACAACUUCAACUUCACGCUCCCAUCACAUUCCUGGCUUCAACCACAUGCACACACACAUUUUACUGGCAAUCCACCACCAACUUACACUGAAAAUAAACUCAAUAAUGCACCACACAUCCCCAUUAUGGAGAACCACUUCACUCACUUACAGUACAGCUCACUUAUCUGGUCAAAACGCUUACAGACACACUGUAUAUACAGUUACAUGCAUGCAAGAAAACACAUUUAAUGUUUGUUUGGCUUUUAACUCGGGCAUAUUUUACUCUUUACAGACAUAUUUAAAAAGUCAUAAUCACUGUGGUUUCACUAACAGCCAUUUUAAUUAGAUGUAAAACAUCAAUCUGGAAAUAUAAGUCUUAUUUGAUUAUUAACAACAGCACUUGAUAGUAUCGAUGUUUGUGAACUUGAAAAUGUUGAUUUUAUUGAUUUAUAGUAUAAUUAUUUAUAAAUUAAGAUGCAUUUUGUACAUUUCUUUCUAUAUCUAAGGUUGCCUUUUGCAACAACAAACUGACUGAAAUUGAUCAAUGGUAUAAUUGAUUAUGUUUUAGCAAAUGUGUAGAGAUAAUCUUCAGUGUAUAUGUAUUUUUAUGUCAGGCUCCCCUCUUAACAGCUACCUAGCCUGUCCUCUUGUACAGUGUGCUCUACAACAGGGAUGGAUGUUUCACCAGUCUGCCACAUUUGUAGAUUUAGUUUGACAUAUUGCAGAAUUAUUGUCACCUGUCAGAGCAUGGAUGCAAGGGUUAAUGGCUGCAGCAUUGACAAGGCAGGCUAACAAGGCUCUCAAAAUCCAUCCCUGCUGUAUAGUCAAGUAGAGUUUGCACUACGUGAGCACACUCAACACAAUUCAGAUACUUGCCACACAAUAACUCAGUGCAAUAACAGAGGGCAGAGGUGCAUGGGGGCCUGCGUGUGAGCUGAAAAAAAAACGGUGAGAAGCAAACGCAUACGAAUGCCUCCGAUGUCAAAAGAGUAGAGUAGGUCAAAGCCACAUCCCAGCUGGCUGCACUGUGUGUGUAUGUACCUGCUGUGUUUCCUUUUGUUUGUUUUUUUAAAUAAUGAACUUUGUCAAGUUGGACAGUGGUGAUGUUUUGACAGAUAGGAAGAGGCUGUGAGAGGAGGGGUGUUUGUUAUGAUGAAGACUUGUCAGUGCAAUGCAGGAGUGUUCUGUAAAACUUUAACUCGGGCAUCUUCGCAUCGAUGCCUCAGAUCGAAAGAUAUUGGUCAAACAAAGAUUUAAAAAAGGAGGAAAAACAACAACUGCUGUAUGUAUGGACACCUCAGAAAAGGAGGGACUGACAAUCACAGACUUCUCUCUUUCUCUCUCUUCUUCAAGUGACCUACUGUAAAAUAGACUAUUCAACCAACUUUCCUCUUAUGCUGCCUAUACUGUACGUGCUAGUCUUAAACUUUGGUCUCUAAAAGUGCUACUUUUUCUUUUUUUUGUAAAAUGAAAUAACAGCGAGAGGAAUGAACAAAAAUACAUGUAAAAAUGUGAAUAAGCUGCUGAAAGAAACAAGCAUCACAAACUGCUGUGUCCGAGACUGUGUCAGUAUCUAGAUUGUACUGUUUUCUUCUUUUGUCUUAGAAGUGGAGGGCAGAGAAAUUGGUAGCUACAUGGGACUCACAAAUACACAAAAUGACAUACAGCAGCCCCUGGGAUGCAGAGCGGUGUUUGCUCAUUCUCCCAGUAGUGUGUGUGUGUGUGUGUGUGUGUGUGUGUGUGUGUGUGUGUGUGUGUGUGUGUGUGUGUGUGUGUGUGUGUGAGAAGGCUGAUUGAUGCCGGAGUGAAGUCAGAAGGGAUUCAGACUCCCAGCCAAAUCCCAGUUCAAAUGCAAUGGGAUUCAACAGAGGAAUCAGGAAUUGACUUGUUGUCGCUGUUCACCAAUUCAUGAUAAAUUACUUUACCCAGUUGUGUUGGACUGAGGUUGGUAUUAUGGCAGCUAAGAUUUAUGGAAUCACUCAAUUGCUUUAUUUAUGUCUCCAAAAUCAGCCUUCUUCUCGACACAACUUACUAAAGCCUGGGUUUCACAGAAGUAUAUCAGCAAUAUUAAUUUUCUUUUUCCCUAUCACCUCACUAUAACAUAAAUAUUGGGCUGAGUUUGGGCUAAAACCAUGUGACUCAGUGAACUGAAGCAUAUUCCACAUAUACAGAUACACAUCCCGACUCUGAGUGUGUUCGGAUCCAUAUCACGUUUAAUCCCCUCUCUCUCUCAACCCCUCACAUCACAGUCUAAGCUAAUAGAGCUGAAAUAUCAUAAAGGUCAUCUUUAAGAUUACCUUUGUGCUUGGAUGCUUCUGGAGUCUUUACGCCCUGAAGAAUGUAAUACCACAAAAAACGCUUCUCUUUUCAAAAUAAAAAAAAAUAAAAAAUAAAACUGAUUUGCUAUAUGCAGUAUCUCUGUUUUUCAGUAUCAGUUUUUGGGGGGUUCUGUGCUAUUUGUCUCUGUGUUUCGAGGGUGUCACUGCUGCCACCAUGGUAAAAAAAAGGUGGAUUUUGGAUGUUUUGUGGCUGUUUGGAUUGUAAGAGGCUUAAAAUAGUACAGAGGAAAAAACACUGUAAGGUUUCUGUAUGAAAGAGACGUUAAAAUGUAAUUUCUAUGCCUAAAAAUGCUCUUCGAAAUGUAAGAAACACUCUGUAUUGCAAAGCACACAAGGUGAUUAAAAGCUGGAAAUAUUCUGAUUGAUGCAGCUAAUGUCUGUCUUUGCAAGCAGGUUACAUACACACACACACACACACACACACACACAUACAGAAACACACACCGGAGGGAACUUGUACAGUCAUGUGGUUGCGUGGUGGAAAUAAUCCUAGUGAGUCAUGAUGAUGAUGAUGAUGAUGAUGAUAUGAUUUCUCUCUGAACGUGGACCAGUGUGUCGUGAUACAAUGUAAUUAAUAAAAAGUAUUAUGUCAUA